UCUCGCUUUUCAUGCACCGCCCCCCAUUUCGAAAAAGGGGGAAGGUAUCCGGUCACGGUAGUCUCUUGAACGAGCGGUAGUGGUUUUGGCUGACGAUGGUUGCUGGUAACUAAGUGGGCAGAGUAGGUUUCCAUACAUAUCAAGAAACGGUGACGGGUCCACUGAAAUACCAAUCACUUCAUGGUUAUAUUGCCACCACAGAAAGCUUUUUGUCCUAGUUACUCGAGUGUUGAAUUGAAAAUUUCGAAUUCAUGUCCAGAUCUCCGUCCUCUGAGCUCUUUUCUUGGAGUCAUUGAUUUGCUCUUCCAGAUAAGGUUAGCCUUACAAUCAGCAAUUCUGCGGUUGAAGCAUUCGCUUGCACAGUGAGUAUAGUGAUUAAGAGUAGUGGAACCAGUCUCUGUACGGAAAAUCAAUGAUGAAUGCAUCUAAAAUCAAGCGUCGGAUCGGUAAGUACGAAGUGGGAAGGACAAUUGGUGAGGGAUCAUUUGCAAAAGUGAAGUUCGCCCGGAAUUCCGAGACUGGGGAAGCUGUGGCUGUCAAGAUCCUUGACAAAGAGAUGGUCCUCAAACACAAAAUGGCAGAACAGAUUAGAAGGGAGAUAGCAACAAUGAAGCUAAUAAAGCAUCCAAAUGUUGUCCGCUUAUAUGAGGUAAUGGGUAGCAGGACAAAGAUAUACAUCGUUUUAGAAUUCGCGACUGGGGGAGAGCUUUUUGACAAAAUUGUCAAGCAUGGAAGGAUGAGUGAGAAUGAAGCACGAAAGUACUUCCAGCAACUAAUUAAUGCUGUUGACUAUUGUCAUAGCCGUGGUGUUUAUCACCGAGACUUAAAGCCGGAAAAUUUGCUGCUGGAUGGUUAUGGAAAUCUUAAAGUUUCUGAUUUUGGACUGAGUGCACUGUCACAAGAAGUCAGGGAUGAUGGACUUUUUCACACGGCUUGUGGAACUCCAAACUAUGUUGCUCCCGAGGUCCUAAAUGAUAGAGGCUAUGAUGGGGCGACUGCAGACUUGUGGUCAUGUGGAGUAAUACUCUUUGUAUUGCUUGCAGGUUACUUGCCCUUUGAUGAUGCUAAUACUAUGAACCUGUACAAAAAAAUUUUGGCUGCAGAGUUUACUUGUCCCCCCUGGCUCUCUUUUGGUGCCAUGAAGUUGAUAACUCGUCUACUAGACCCAAAUCCCGUGACUCGUAUUAUCGUUCCUGAAAUUUUGGAGGAUGAAUGGUUCAAGAAGGAUUACAAGCCUGCUGUUUUUGAUGAGAAAGAAGACACAAGCUUGGAUGAUGUUGAAGCUGUUUUCAUGGAUUCAGAGGCGCACCAUGUGACUGAGAAGGAGGAGGAACUGCCAACCCCCAUGAAUGCAUUUGAUUUGAUUUCCAUGUCGAAAGGGCUAAACCUUGGGAAUUUAUUUGAUGGGGAACAGGGAUUUAAAAGAGAAACAAGGUUCACAUCCAAAUGCGCUGCAACCGAGAUCAUAAACAAGAUUGAAGAAGCUGCAAAGCCCCUUGGUUUCGGUGUUCACAAGAAAAAUUACAAGAUGCGGCUUCAAAAUACGAAAGCUGGGAGGAAGGGGAACUUAAACGUUGCGACAGAGAUCUUCCAAGUCGCACCGUCGCUUCAUAUGGUUGAAGUGCGAAAUGCAAAAGGAGACACCUUGGAAUUCCACAAGUUCUAUAAGAGCCUCACGAACCACCUCGACGGCAUCGUUUGGAAAACCGAGGAAGAUAUGCAAGAAACGAAGUAAAGAAGCUGGGUGGACUCGACAAUUUUUAGAAUAAUUUCAUCUUGUCAUCUUCCCAACUGUCAUGCUUUUGCUUUGUAUCUUCGUUCUUGGAAUGCAUCAUCAGACAAAAAUAAACUGCAGCAGUAUGUUGCAAUCAUGAUUAAGAAAAGAGUGUCGCAAUUUCUUCGGCAUCCUCUGUCUUAUUGUUUGAAAAGUCCAGAAAGGCGAGUUAGCGAAAGAACGAAUAGAAUCAUUGUUAAGCAUUGAGGAGGCUUCCCCUUCGGACAUGUAAGGUAGUGUUUGUUUGUGUUCUUAUUUUUUGUUCAUGAACA